AUGAAGAAGACUGAGAGGUGUCACUUUGUGGGGGAGCUCAGGCUUGAAAAGGCCAUGAGGCAGUCUGGGAGUGUAGAUUACCAUCACAACAGAAAACAUAUUAACCAUUCCAUUGUGCUGUCUCCAGGGAACAACUCUUCUCAUCCUGUGUUCUUCAUGCUGCUUGGAAUCCCAGGUCUGGAAAACUCCCAGUUUUGGAUUACCUUUCCAUUCUGUGCCAUGUAUGUUGUGGCUGUCAUUGGAAAUAUCACUCUCCUUCAUAUAAUCCGAAUUGACCACACAUUGUAUGAGCCCAUGUACCUCUUUCUGGCCAUGCUGGCUGUCACUGACCUGGUCCUCUCCUCCUCCACACAACCUAAAAUGUUGGCCAUAUUCUGGUUUCAUGCUCAUGAGAUUGACUACCAUGCCUGCCUCACCCAAGUGUUCUUCAUCCAUGCCUUUUCUUCUGUGGGGUCUGGGGUACUCAUGGCUAUGGCCUUAGACCGCUUUGUGGCUAUCUGCUUCCCACUCCAGCACUCUAGCAUCCUGACCCCAUCAGUCGUGACCAAACUAGGGGCUGCUGUGAUGAUGAGAGGACUGCUAUGGGUGAGCCCUUUCUGCUUCAUGAUGUCUAGGAUGCCCUUCUGCCACAACCAAGUCAUUCCCCAGUCAUACUGUAAGCAUAUGGCUGUGCUGAAGUUGGUGUGUGCUGAUACUAGAAUAAAUCGUGGAUAUGGGCUCUUUGUGGCCUUCUCUGUGGUUGGCUUUGAUAUAGUUGUCAUCAGUAUGUCAUAUAUAAUGAUUUUGAGAGCUGUGCUUCGAUUGCCCUCAGGUGAAGCCUGCCUCAAGGCUUUUGGCACGUGUGCCUCUCAUAUCUGUGUCAUCUUGGCUUUUUAUAUCCCAGCCCUUUUUACUUUCCUAACCCACCGCUUUGGUCACCAUGUGCCCCGACUGGUACCCGUCCUAUUGGCUAAUCUGUAUCUACUGGUACCACCCAUGCUCAACCUUAUCAUCUAUGGAGUUAGAACUAAACAGAUUAGGGACAGAGUUAUCCAAGGAUGUUGUGGAAAAGCCUUCUGA